AUGUCGGAUAAUCUGAGAUCAUACACGGCUUCUGCACAGAGUGAUGAUCCAUGCCCAAUGUUUAAAAGUGCGGUUCAACAUCCGGCUGAAAGAUCAAUAGUUUUUCUAACGGCAAGAACAACAACAAGAAUCACAUCUGAUAAUCACGACGAGGAUUUUGGACUACCACCAAAAACUGGUCAUUGUUCAACCAAAAACUCCGUGAAAGAUGUACUGAUAACAUUAUCAGAAAAAGUGUGUGACACACCUGAACGAUGUCGUGAUACAUUAAUUCAUGAAUUAUGCCAUGCAGCAGUAUUUUUAAUCGAUAAUGUUUUUGCCCAUAAUCAUGGUGUAUUGUGGCAAAAUUGGACAAAAUUAGUUGCAAAAAUCUAUCCCACAUUACCAAAGAUUAAAGUGACGCACACAUAUAAAGUAUUUUAUAAAUACAUCUAUCGUUGUACAAACUGUAAAUAUGAGGUAUCUCGUCAUACAAAAUCUUUGAACAUUGAUUCUGACCAUUGCGGCCGUUGUAUGAGUAAAUUUGAAUUGUUAAUGAAUGUUAAAAGUCGAAAAUUAAAUGUGAGUAGUAACGGUGAAAAAAAUUUUCAUAAAUUUAAACAAUCAAACCCUCAAUUAUCAACACCUUUGCUAAUGAAACAAUUAAGUGAAGCUUAUAAAGCAUCACCAAAAAAUAUAAAUAAAAACCCCAAUGAUGAAAAUAAUGGGCUUGUUAGUACAACAUUAAAUUUUGAAAAAUUACAAAUUUACUAG